AUUCAAUGAUAUAUUUUAGAUUUAUUAUAGAACCGAAUAUAUAUAUAUAUAUAGUUAAUGUAUAUUUAUCUAACAAAGUAAAGAUUUAAAAAUAUUUUGUAGUUAUUGUAAUUUUAUUAAGAUUUUUAUAAUGCAGGUUGACCAGGAUAAACUACGAAUUUUAGCAAUACAUGGAUAUCACCAAUCUGACAUAAUUUUUAAAGGGAAAUUAGGUUCAUUGCGUAAGGGCUUUAAAAAAGAAUUGGAUUUUACAUUUGUAAAAGCACCUCAUAAAAUUCCAAAUCAAAAUGAAUUUAAUACGGAUGCAGAAGAAAGUGGCUAUGGUUGGUGGUUUAAUACCGAAGAUUUUGUAUUCAAAGCAACCGUACAAAGCAAUCAUUGUGUUGGCUUUGAAGAUAGUUUAGAUGUGAUUAUAAAAACAUGCCAAGAACAUGGUCCAUUUGAUGGGAUUCUUGGUUUUUCUCAGGGUGCAGCCUUUGCUGUUAUUUUAUGUAUUAUGCAACAAAGAAAGAUAUGUCCAGUUAAAUUUAAUUUUGCCAUUAUUAUAUCAGGAUUUAUAUCAUUGUGCGCACCACAUGCCAAAUAUUAUAAUGAAAUAAUAGAAAUGCCUUCAUUGCAUGUUUAUGGACUGAACGAUAAAGUCAUUCCAGCUGAUAUGACUGAAAAAGUAUGUGAUUUAUUUAAAGACUGCAGUAAAAUUACACAUGAAGGUGGACAUUAUAUACCUAGCAAAAAAAAUGUUUACAAAGCUUUCAUUAUGGAAAUGAUGGAAAGAAAAUUGCAUUAAUAAAAUUUCGCAUGAUAAUUAA